CAGGCAAAGUGAGAGGAGUGUGUAGCUCUGCUGUCGUCGUGCGAAAGUGUGCGCCUUGCUCUUCGUCCCUGCAAAUGGAAUGCUAGAAGUGCCUUUUAACUCUGCCCUGCCGACGCGCCCUCUGACCACUCAACACGAUGCUGCAGCUGCUGAAGCUGACGUUGCUGCUGGGGCUCGCCCUCGCCAUCGCCGCUCAAGACCCAAGUGACCGGGCUGUUCGUCGAGUGCUGGCCCGCAAACCAGGGUCUACACCCCGACGCAAGGUCAAGCCAUCUGAGAACCAGCUGACAGACCCCACGCCUCCUGGCGAGAGGGUGGUCUGCUAUUACACCAACUGGUCUGUCUACAGGAAAGGCGUUGCUAAGUUCCUGCCCGGGCACAUCAACCCCUACCUGUGCACCCAUCUGGUCUACGCCUUCGCAGGCCUCAACGAUGACUUCGAGAUGACCACCUUCGACAGCUACCAGGACAUCGAUAAAGGAGGCUACGCGCAGUUCAAGUCCCUGAAGCAGCACAACAAAGCUCUACGUAACCUGAUCGCCGUGGGCGGCUGGAACGAGGGCUCUGCGCGCUUCAGCGAACUCGUGUCCACCGCAGACACCCGCAAAGUCUUCAUAGAUUCCGCCAUCCGCCAUAUGCGCAAGUACAGCUUCGAUGGGCUGGAUCUGGACUGGGAGUAUCCAGCAUCUAGGGCUGGAUCCACGCCAGAGGAUAAGGAAAACUACGUUCUGCUCGUCAAGGAGCUGAAGGAGGCGUUUGAGGCGGAGGCGGCGCAGUCGGGGAAGGCGCGGCUGCUGCUGACGAUGGCCGUGCCUGCGGGACAAGACACCAUCGAUAAAGGCUUCGACGUGCCUGCCCUGAACACGACUGGACGGUGAAGUACUACCUACAGUUGGGGGCGGACCGCCUGAAGCUCGUGGUGGGGAUCCCGACGUACGGGCGCUCCUUCACCCUCGCCGACGCAGCCUUCAGCGACUACGGCUCCGCCGCUCUGGGGCCGGGCACCGCCGGCAACUACACCAGCGAGGACGGCUUCAUGGCCUUCUACGAGGUGUGCGAGGCGAUGUCAGUGGGCGGGUGGGCCGCCCAGAAGCCCUUCCCUCGCUCGAUGGGCCCGUUCGCCCACAAGGACGACCAGUGGGUGGGCUAUGACGACGAGGGCAUCGUGGCUACCAAGGCAGCGUACGUACGCGACAACGGGCUGGGGGGCAUCAUGUUCUGGAGUCUGGACACGGACGACUUCCACGGGGUGUGCAGCGGCCGCCCCUACCUGCUCGUCGAGACUGGCAAGGCGGCGCUGCUCAGCGACGCUCAUACGCAGCUUAACGCGCUCGAUGCUGGGUCUAAGUGGACUUCAGACCUUUUCUCGACCCCCGCGCCCCCGACCACCCCCAGCCCAGUGCCCAGUUUUACAUGCAAGAGAGAAGGCUUCCACCCAAACCCCGACAACUGCCACCAGUACUACUGGUGCCUCGCCAGCGGCGGCGAUUUGACGGCUCAUGCCUUCACCUGUCCCUCAGGCCUGGUGUUCAGCAAAACUGUGGACGGAUGCGAACACCCAGAGAGAGCGCGGUGUGAUGAGAAGAAGAAGCGCGGUGGUGCUGGAGAUACAUCAGCAACUCCUACCAUCCCCACAACCACUCCUUUCCCAGCUUUCGAUUACGACUACUAUUAUGAAUAUGAUGACCAAGACUAUGUCGAUGCCCCUGCUGCAACUAAUGCUGGCGGUUCUGCUAGAGUGACUACAACAACAACCACGACGACUGCAAAGCCGGUGCGUAAUUCUGGUGGUCCUCAGUUCGCCCUCACGGCGUCAGAAGGCGCAGCUGAAAAUAGCGUAGCGGACGAUACUAGAGCUAAAUCUCGCAGCCGGCCGCAGUACCAGAGCAUCUCGAGAGACAGAUCCCAAGUGGCUCCAGUUGACGCAGAAGUUGAAGAUCCUGCAGGUUCAGGGGGCAGCAAUGCUCGUCGACCACCAGUAUACACGAACAUUCAACGGGAUCGACCCUCGACCGAGGCUCCCCUGCAAGGAGAUGCAGACUAUCCUGAUGGUAGCGUGACACCUUCAUCUCGACUCAAUUACGUGACCAUUGCACGUCAACGACCCUCCACAACUGAACCUACAGCAGGAAACCAAGCCCCAGGCAGUCAUGAUUCACCAUCACAAUCAGAUUUACAGUACGUAACUAUUCGUAGAUCCCGACCCUCUACCCCGUCCCCCGAUGUUACCACUGAGCAGGCAUCUAACUUGCUUAGUGUUGAUUCCAGCUCUUUUAGGCAGAGACCAGCUAGAAUUGAAACUGCAACUGAAACUACAACCACCACAACCACCACUCCAAGACCUGCCAGAAUUGUGGUUCCAGAUGCAUUGUUGCAACCAGUAACUCCGAGCGUUAUCCACCGUUUGAAUUUGGAUCCCAGAAAAAAACAAAGACAGAAACCACAAACCGUUCCUUUGUCAAGAGAGCGUUCGCGGUCUUCUAGUAGAACAGCGGUCCUUGGUGACCCGACAGAAGAAACUUUACUUGAUGGUGAAUUGUAUGAAUAUGAAUACUACUACGAUGAACUACCUCCAGAAGAGGAGUUAACGCCAAGCGUAUUGAACUCCCCAAUUUCAGAAGGCAAAGAAUUGUCCCCUGCACAACCAGAUGAGCAGUUGGCCAAUCCAGCAGAGACUGAUGGUAAGCAGUCGGAAGUUAUAACAACUGAGCUGAGUAUUGACGAACCGGUCGAAGAGAAUCUUGGUGAACCUGCUGACCCAACAACGCAAAGAACCACACUGAACCUACUUGCAGGUUUCCCUGCCGUGGCAGAGUCUGCGACGGCCUCGCCAGAUUCCGAAGUCCAUGAACCUGCUGUGGACUCCGCGAGGGUUGAUGAAGAGGAGGCAUUUGAAGUAACAUCUCCUUCAAGCUCUACCACCGCCGCUACCACCACAACCACCACAACCACCACGAGCGAGCCCACUACCAGGCGGGUAGCAAGGCUACCUCCUCGACCCACUGGACAACCAUCUUCUGGUACCAACAACCCAAUUACCCCCGCUAGACAGCCCACUUCGCGGUUCACGCCUGGGAACCGUUCACGGUUCACACCAGCGUCGGACAUAGAAGUCACGACGAGGCGUUCAGCUUUCCGCCCCUCAAAUCGUCCAACCUCGUCUCGACCAGACGACCGUUUGGCGAACCGACCUGCUUCAUCCACACGUUUCCGUCUGACACCAACUCCUGUAACUCCUGCAUCAGCUUCACCUGAGCCUCCCAGGACGCGCCCAUCACGACCACUCACUUCUACCAGGGUCAGGACACGACCAGUACAGCAGAUCAAGUUCGGAGGGCGCGAUGAAACCACAGAGGCUGUUGCAGAAACCACGUCUGCUGAUGGGUUCGAUGAUGCCACGGAGGCCGACAAACCUGUUACUCCCAAUGACCUUUUCGCGGCCUUAUUCGGACCGACAAGUGCUUCUCCCAUAGUUCUUUCAUCAGCUCCUGAUUUAGAAACAUUAGAAGAGGAAAAAGUGGUUGAUGAAAAAGAGAAGGCCUCUUUACCGAGUAUUGAAUCUUCAUUGGUUGACGAAGAAAUUGUGCUAAAAAGUGAAAGAGUAGAAAACGAAGAAUUUAUUCCUGAUACAAUUUCGGUGGGUUCGGAAGUCAGAGCAGCUGACGAUCAAUUUUCUAGAAGUACAGAAAGUUCUAUUGUUUCUGAAGGAGAACUUAAGCGUCAAGGAUCUCCAUCGAGAACUGAAGCACCAUUCAGAUUCGAAGAUUUCUUUACUCCUUCUACCGAAGAGGCUGUGGUGACGAGCCAGCCAGAAACUCCUGCACCAACUCGAGUAACUACUGAGAGAACGCAACGUAGGACAACCGAAGUGGUCCGAACCGCAAAUCCCGCAAGAACCGAGACUCCCAGAGUGAGAACCACAACUGCUCCUGAAACCAUUGAAAAAGAACUUCUGGUUGGGGAUACUCCCGUUGAAGUGAAAGACUUUGAUUCAACUGCCUCUUCAAAACCAGUAGAUCGGGGACCUCCACAAACUCGUCAACCUUCUACCACAACAACGUCCACUAGCAGACCUCCUCCAAGGAGAGGUGGCAGACCCAAACCUCGAAGCUCGACCCAAAGACCUUCAUCGCGCAUUGCAGACUACGAGUACGACUACUUCUUCGACGACGACACUGCCGGGGCCCUCGACGGAACCCUUGGAGAGCUGGCAGACCUCACAGAAAAGGCAUUACUUCUGAAGGACGGCGAAGUGAGGUGUUAUGACACUGGGUACUUCGCUCAUCCUGACUCGUGUAAGAAAUUCAUUUCGUGUUCUAAGACCGUACGGGGCGCCGUCCGCGGAUGGGUAUAUACCUGUCCCCAACAGCUCGUUUUCGAUCCAGUAGGUGGAAUGUGUAAUUGGGCCGAAGCGGUCGAUUGUAAAGCACCUAUUAUUUAACGUUCAUCAUUACUCCCAAAGUAACCUCCAUAAUAAGAUUAUUCUAAAGUAAUUUUUCAAUUAUAACUUCAUUAUAUUGCUGAAAAUUUCAGGUGUAAUUUUCAGAAUGUGGAAUAGUCCCUUUCUUGUUAUUUAUUGUAAAAGGGGACGGAAAUGAGAUUUGUUAGGAAAAAUUAAAUAAAAGUCUUGUUUAUGUGAGGUUGAAAUAGAAAUGGUCGAUACUACACUUCCAGCAUUGGGCGAGGACCGAAAUGUGUUUUCCGAAAAGUGAUUUUAAUUUUGUGCAGUUCUAAUCGUAAACAUAUCUUUGUAUGAUACAUCAUCGCAUGUAAUAUAUAUUGUAUACUAA